GUGUAGGCCGAUGAGAAAAGGAUGGCACUGAACUGACUACACGGCGUUAUAUUGAGAUCCAUCGAGAUGGAGGAUGCAUGUUCCUCCGAAACGUCGGUUGAUUUCCACGUGGUUAAAUGGCGUUAAAUCAUAGAAGACAGCAUUUAUAAUCUGUGGUUUCGAGAUGACAAUCGACUGAUGCGUGGCUAAAUAGGUGGGGUUUUCCCGGAAAAUGUGCGAGAACGAGAAUGUGACAGUGAAGAGUAUAUUCGUGAUUACGUAGUCAGAAGUUGAAUCACCUAUUGUGACUUAGAGAUUUUAAUCUCGUAUUUAACCAGAUUAUGAAGGUGUUAAGAAAUGGCACAAACACAGAGGGAACAUCAACAUGCUGGGCCACAAACAAGUAUUGCCUUGUAUCCUCAUUGGCAGUUGAUUUUUGAUAAGUAUGAUCAGGACAGUGAUGGGAGAAUAUCAUUGGCAGAGCUGAAGCACAUGAUUCACAGUGAAUCUUUUACGAAAGAUAUCCCACAGCAUGUAGUUCGGCAGAUCCUGAAGCGAGCAGAUGAAGAUGAAAAUGGCUAUAUCGAGUACCCAGAGUUUCUGAAAAUGACCAAACAUAAAGAAAUGCAGGGUGUUUUCGGACGUGCAUUGAAUCGCUAUGUCAGAGCCGCUGUAGUGCAGCAUACAGCGACAGCUGAUGAACCAGAUGAGGCUGGUGAUUAUGAAGGACAGUAUUCUUGUUAUCCACCAACUCUUUGUAUGAUUCUUAUCAGCCUUUUAGAGGUUAUUGCAUUCCUCUGGGAUAUAAUAGAAGAAGGAACAUCAUCUGUCCAUAGUCCUGCCACAACACUGUUUAUAUACAACCCUUUCAAGAGAUACGAGGCAUGGAGAUACCUGACAUACAUGUUUGUUCAUGUUGGCGUGUUCCAUCUGGUGGUUAACCUGGUGGUGCAGAUUAUGUUGGGAAUUCCAUUGGAGAUGGUACAUGGGUGGUGGCGUGUACUGUUGGUGUACCUUGCUGGUGUUGUUGCUGGCUCUCUAGGCACAUCAGUAUCUGAUCCUAGAGUGUACCUGGCUGGUGCAUCAGGUGGUGUCUAUGCAAUUAUAGCAGCUCAUCUUGCAAGUAUAUGUUUGAACUGGGCAGAGAUGCAGUUUGCAGUGUUUCACCUUUUAAUCUUCUUAAUUCUGACUGUGGUAGAUGUUGGUACAGCAGUUUACACAAGAUAUGUUCUGCUUGAAGAAAACCAGAUUGGUUAUGCCGCUCAUUUGGCCGGAGCAGUAGCUGGUCUUCUUGUUGGGAUCAAUGCCCUGCGGAACUUACAAGUUAAAUCUUGGGAAAGAAAAGUUUGGUGGGCCAGUAUUAUAUUGUAUGUAGCUCUCAUGCUUGCAGCCAUCAUCUGGAAUGCUGCAUUCCCAUCAUAUUUCCCCCCUUCCAAAUAAUGCAUGCAUCUCAAACAGAGAGAUCAUUAAAACAUUACAAGUUUUUUGUUUUAUGCCAUGUUGGACAGUUACCAUUCUACUUUCACUGCUGACCUAAACGCUCUGUUACACAAGUCUCUCUCCUACUCUGUAAUGAUGUAACACAUUGUGUGAGCAGUGAAUGAUUAGAAUGGGCAGGUCUUGAAGGAAAGAGCAGUUACAGAGUUAAAAAGAAUUAUGAAAUUGAAAGAUUCCUCAUAACUUCAUGCAUUUAUGGCAUUGUUUGUCAGGUAUUUUUAGUGUGACUGAAGAAGGGCAUGGAAGCUCUCUUGAAUAGUCCCUGUUGAUCCAUCUUGUGACUUAUUUUACUAGUUCUUCACAACCCUGGAAUCUGAGUGUGUUUGGUAUGAAGAGGUCAUACUUAGCUUGUACAUGUCCACAGCAAGAUCAGUGUUUUUUUUGGUUCAGUGUUGCUCCAUUUUAUAAGUGAUGAGAGUAGCCAGAGAAAGCUGCAUUUGUAGAAAAUCAUAUAUUUGUCACAACAGGGUAAAAUGGAAGGAAGAGGAAAGUGUGCUGUCCUUUGUUAAAAAUACUACAGAAAAUCAUCAGCAGUUUAAAAAAAUUCUGAAUUUGUUUUUUGAAAAUAUUUUGGAUUGUAUGGUAUUGUAUGGUAUGGUAUGGUAUGCUUAAACUGACUAAACCAACAGAGCUUUAUUGAGAUCUAUAAAAAGAUAAGAAGAAUAAAAUGCACAACUCUGUGGUUUUAGUCCACAAGUGAACUCAACCGACCGUUUGUCUGUUGCUUGUGUUCAUAGUAUCAUGUGAUUGAGUGACUAUAGAUGGGGUUUGGAUUAUCAGUCUGAUUUAUUGAACUUGUAACUACAAGUAAGGAUUAUGCUCUCAGUGUUCUGCACACUUUGGAGAUCACUGUAGAACACUUAGGCCUUCUCACUCUGUUACAGUCAUCACUAGCUGUUUGGUAGUGGCUUCCCGAACUAUCCCGGCCUCAGCUACCAGAUUCUCACAGUAACAGCUCACAACAACUGAACCUCAGCAGUUCUCUAGCUCACACACUGUGGUCAGUUGGUUAAAUUGCUGUUGUCCUUUGCCAGCACUGUUAUUCAUGGCUUUAGUUUCCUCCAGAUCCAUAACCAAGAUUUUUAUUCUCUCCUAUACACGUGUUUCGAAAUGAGGUUUCCUGUUCAGUGAAGAAGGGGUUUAUUUUUGUGUGUAGGCACUUGGUCUGUUGCACUAUAGUUUCAGCACAAGUAUAUUCGUGCUGUCACAGCUUCCAGGUCACUAUGGACUCUGUGCAUCUUUUGUCAAUGCACUAUACUAAGUAACUUUUAUACAAGGUAUACAGAGGUUUCCUGUCAAUGAAGACUUGUGCAUCAGGUUAUGCCUUAACUUAUGCCUGAAACUGCUGCUAACUUGUCCAGCUCAUAACAUCUUAACAUGGACUGUGUAGAAAACACUGUUCUUCUGUUGCAUGGCAGUUGUUGCCAUGGAAAAAAUGCUUGUUUGCGGAACCGUUACUUAGCAACGGCUGUUGUAUAGUUCCGUAUUUCAUGGUCAUUGUCUAGUAGCAGGUCUGCUUGCCAUAACAUGUAUAUCUGAAAGCAUUAGAUGAGAAAUCUAGCUGAGAUAUAAGUUUAUAUGGUUUGAUGUGAAACUAGGUGAGAAAGUAGAGACCAGUCGCUGUCUGUAGAGAUGUUCAAAGAGGUUAAAUUCUUUUUCUUCAGUAAGCAUGCCUGAACCUUCUUUUCACACGUCAGUAUUCUUCCCGAGAUAAACGUGAGAUUGAUCUUUGUACUGUAAUGUUUAGAUUCAGUUCUUUUCAUUUAAUUGUUCAUAGGUGUCAUUAAGCAUGGAGAAUAUGCACAUACCAUAUUUUUCACAACUUUGCUAUCGGUUUAUUGAAAGAUAUCAUUGGGGAUGAAACCUAACCACUAUCCCCAAUUAAGAAUUCAUAUGAUGCACCACAGUUCCAUUGUUGUUAAAACAAUGAUAUAUUUACUGGCAUAGCAAAUUUUGUGGAUUUAAAGUCUCAGAUUAUUAUUAUUAUACAUACUCCUUGCUGCUGGUGUAGAAAUGCAGCACAGUAGGGACAUACUGAUGAUGAUUAAAAGUGCCUGAUAUUGGCUGUAAUUACUCUAUGUGAUACGCAGAUUUUUAUAGAUAACAUAUAUAAAA